UUAUAGACAGAGAGAGAGAGCACAGCAAUGGCGAACGCCUCUUUCUUCAUCUCUUGUCUGUUAAUCGCAUCUCUGUUCACCGUCUCCGUCGACGCCGGCGGCGACCUCGACGUGGCCGGAUGGAUGCCGGCUAAAGCGGCGGAAGGCGGCGGCUGCCAAGGCUCCAUCGCGGAGUGCAUGGCGAGCGGCGAGGAAUUCGAAAUGGACACGGAGAGCAACCGGCGCAUCUUAGCCACCAGCAAUUACAUUAGCUACGGCGCGCUGCAGAGGGGCAACACGCCGUGCUCCCGCCGCGGCAGCUCUUACUACAACUGCCAGCCUGGCGCUCAAGCUAACCCUUACACCCGCGGCUGCAGCGCCAUUACUCGUUGCCGGAGUAGUUAAUUAAUUUUCUAUUUUCUAUCUCUAUCAUUUCAUUUUUAGUUGUAUCAUAUCAUAUCAUAUGCUCUUUUACUUUUGUAUAACAUGUGACAAAGUAAUCUAAAAAUAAAAAAGUUAUCUCAUAUAUUUGUGCAAA